AUGUCGCCGCCUCCGCCUCCGCCGGUGAUCCCCAGGGAGGCGUGGGCGGGCUGCAGCGUCAUCCUCGACAUCAAAGACGGCGAAAGAGUCAUCUUCCGCCGCCUCACCCGCCGCGCGACGGUGAACGUAGGUGGGAGGGAAUGCUCUUUGCAGCCGCUCGUGGGCCGCCCCUUCGGUUCCAUCUUCCGCGUCGAACCCUGCGAAGGCGAGCCCGGCAAAGGCAAAUCCUUCUUCGGCCGCCUCGUCUCCUGCGCCGACGCACCACCUCCUGGUAAGGGUGAUGAUGAUGAUGCUCGUGAUGAUGAUGAAACACAACAUAUCGAAGAUCUGGAUGAAAAUAGGGACAAUAGGUCUCUCAUUGACAGUAAUACAGCUCAAGCUUUAUCUGGUGAUGACAUAGAGACAAUGAAGAGGAAUGGUGUAAGUGGCAACGCGAUUGUUGAAGCCUUGAUAGCAAAUAGCUCUACAUUUGGAAAGAAGACUCUGCAGUCACAAGAGAAAUACAAACUAAAGAAACAGAAGAAACAUGCACCUAUAUUGCUUUUGCGACGUCCAUCUACCCAAAGCAUUUGUGAGACACAUUCGAAGAAAGAUGCAGAUAGAAUAGAAUUUAUGCGACUUGAUGUACUUUCUCUCUUAUUGUCCAUGGCAAAUGUUGGAGCAUAUUCAGAUGUGCUUGUGGUUGAUAUGGUUGGAGGUUUGGUUGUUGGAGCUGUAGCUGAACGUUUGGGAGGCACAGGAUAUGUUUGUAGCACAUAUCUUGGACUGUCACCCAACUCCAUAGAUAUUAUAAGACUGUAUAAUUUUAGCACCGAUGUGACUAGCAGGAUUGUCCAGUCACCAUUUAGCGACCUCUACUCCUUGAGAAAUCCUGGCAAUGCCUCAUGUGUUCUCAGUGAUACCAUUCAUGGUGAGGGGGUCGGACCUAGUCACGUAUCAGAUGAGAGUACUCAGUCAUAUCUGGCACAAUCUGUUGAUGUUGUUACAAUAUCAGCUGAGAAUCUACAGACAGUUGAUGUAGAAGUUUCUGAGCCCUCAGUGGAUGAGCACCUUAAUCAAAGUGGUAACCCUUUGUCAGAUUGCAGAAGUGGCAUUGAGCGCACCUCAGUAGCUUCCAGAUCACUUAAAGCAGGAAAUACACCAUCAUCAGAGAGGAUGAAAUAUUGGAAAGAAUAUGGUUUCAGCAGCUUCAUUGUUGCUGCUCCGGAGCAUGAGGUAGGAAGUUUGGUUACUGAUCUGCUUCCACUAUUGUCUUAUUCGGCUCCAUUUGCUGUCUAUCACCAACAUCUCGAGCCUCUUGCGACAUGCAUGCGCAGCCUGAAAGUAUCAAAAAUGGCUGUCGAAUUGCAUAUUUCUGAACCCUGGUUUCGUGAAUACCAGGUCCUUCCAUCGCGCACUCAUCCACACAUGAGAAUGAAGCCGUUUGGUGGCUACCUCUUGAGCGGCAUCCGGAUACCUGAUACGUGCAGCGGGAAAUAAGCUUACACUUUGCCUGAAUGUGACAGGACUCAGCUGUCGGGAUCUGGUGUUAGAUAGACUGACCUCUGAAACUGUUACAAAGGCUUGUCUCCUGUCUGAUUUUUAC